CUCCCUUCGAACAACUCAAGCGCCUAGUUUAUUAGGUAAUAUUUUAGGGGGUGGGGGUUUUAAAUAUUCACUGGGUUCAACCUAUGUGGCAAAGGUGACUAUACAUACGACUGGAGAAUUAUUGUUAAAGAGUUUUCAAGAUUGCAUUAGACUGAACGGCAGCUAUCCCUAUAAGCUUGUGUAUCAUGGCAAGGACAUACAGCCUGCUGAUACGCUUGAAAAGUUGGGUAUCAAGAGUUUGCAUUUACACCAACUAAAGAAAAAGUUCAAUGCUAAUAUACCUGAAAAUGGGAUAUAUGCCACAGUUAAAGAAGUUAAGCAAAUGAUUCAGGAUAAAGAAGGCAUCCCCUCUGACCAACAACAUCUUGUUUUUAAUAAAGAAUUGUAUGAUGACCAUUUCUUGGCACGUUAUAGUAUCAGGCACGAUUCUACAUUGUAUCUAGAAUAUGAAGCAAUAAUGAUCUAUGUAAAAUUAAUGGAUGAAACAAUCAUAAAAUUGGAUGUCAAUAGAAGUUACACCAUCGAACAGGUUAUUCGUAUGAUCCAAGAUAAAGAAGGCAUUCCCUCUCAUCAAAUAACAUAUUUUACUAUUAAUAACGGAAUUAUGCAUCGUUAUGAUAUCACAUCUCAAUACAACACACUUAAAACCUUAGCAAAUUAUGGGAUUAGGAAUGAAUCUACACUUAAACUAUUUCAUUAUAAUCAAUUUUCUGGUUCUUUGUAUGUGAAAACACUACCCGAAAAAACGAUAACUGUGCAAGUAGAUUCGAAUGAUACCAUUGAACAAGUUAAACAAAAGAUCCAGGACAAAGAAGGAAUUUCUCCUGAUCAACAAUGCCUCUUUUUUGCUGGCAAGCGAUUAGUAAAUAGGUGUACCUUAUCAGAUUAUUUCAUCCCAAAGGAGGCUACUGUUCAUCUUGUAAUUAAAAUCAGUACUGACAAAGAAUCACCUGGUGCUGGCAUUAUAUUUGUGAAAACAUUAACGGGAAAGACAAUAAGUUUUGAUUUAGAAUUUGAUGACACCAUUGAAGAACUUAAACAAAAGAUUGUGGACAAGGAAGGAAUCCCUCCUGAUCAACAACACCUUGUUUUUGCUGGCAAGCAAUUAGAAGAUGGGAAAACUUUUGCAGACUAUAAUCUUCAAAGGGG